AUAUCUUGCUGUCUUGUUUUGAAAUUAUCUUUGGGUAUCUAGAAUGCUAAUAGUUAUGUUGCAUGUACACUGCACCUACGUACAGUAUUACAGUGUAGGUACAUGCAUGUACAUUGUGUACUGAUCUGUAGAUAGCUAAUUUGAUUGGUAGACUAGCCACUAUAAUUAUGUACACAAUGAAUAUUUUAGUGUGGUACAUGCUAGUUUUGUGCGGCAGUGUAUGGGGCGAAUUGCUGUUUAGAUGUGAUUAUGUCAUAAUUUUGUUCUAAUUAAAUGCUUAGGAUCAAGUAUAUUUUGAUAUUACACAGUUUAAGUUGUAGUUGUAGCAGUAAGUAAUACAACAUGUCACAAGAUCAGGAACAAUCAUCGAAGAACGAGCAAACAAAUGUCACCCAGGAGUCAGGUUUUUCUGAUAGAGUCGAUGAUUUGGGUCCUAUUGGAAGUGAGCAACCUGUUACUGGCUUAGGAGCAGCUACCAAUGGCCAUGCUGUUCUAAAUGGGGCAAGCAUGUUUAUACAAAACUUUGGUGAUGUCCCCCCUGAUUUAUCAAUUACAAGCCAUGUAGACGAACUCGAUCUUCUACCAGGCAGUGUGUCUGCUGCUUCUGGUAGUGACGUUGUUGGCGCCUCUCAACUAGUUGGUAACAAAGGCACAGUGCUCAAGCGUCGUGUAUCAGCUUCUGAGUUGUCGUCAUCUGAUGAAUCUCUCGAUCUCGAAGCAGCACUCCAAAAAAACAAGAUGAAGAGAAAGGAUAUCAGCAAACUCAAAAAAGAGCUUGACGCUACAAAGGAGAAUUUUUCUAUGGAACUUAAACAGCAAAAGAAGGGCAAUGAAACUUUGAUUUUUAAGCUCACACAAAAGGAGAAGGAGGUUGAACUGCUUAAGGAGUCUCAUCGAGUGGAAAUGGAAUUGCUUCAAGAAAAGGUGCAAAAGAAAGAUGAAGAGGUUCAAAAAGUUAAGGAACAACUUGCUGAAACAGAAAAAAACAGCAACACACAAAAGAUGGGCCUUUUGAAGCAUGUACAAAAACUUCAAGAAGAAUGCAAACAAUUGAUAUCUCACAACGAGCAAGAGAAAGAUAAGUACGAGCAACAGAUCGAAAAGCUGGAGCUUAGCUUGGAGCAUGCCAAAAUUGACGCCAAAAAAGCAGAGAGUGAAUUAGCUGAACUCCAUGUUGAAGUUGAAAAAAGCAAAUUAAAACACAAAAAGAAGCGUCUACGACUGCGUGAGGAGAUUGUGGAGUUAAGAGAGAAAAUUUUAGCUAUGAGAGAUCAAGAAUCUAAAAUAAAAUUGGAAGAAGCAGAAGCUAGAGUAGAACUUGAGCGUGAAAAGCGUCGAGGCUCACUGAGCGUGUCUGAGGUUGAACAACUAAAACAGCAGCAUAAAGAAGAGCUUUCAAACAUACAAGAAGAGUUUAUCUACAGUAAAGCAGCUCUCGCAGCGCAAAAGAGUAUCAGUGUCUCAAAGGAAGAACAUGAAGCUGUUCUUAAAGCCCAACGAAGCAAUAGUAUUCCCAAGGAAGAACACGAAGCAACUGUGAUGGCCAAAGAUGUCGAAAUAAAGAAACUAAAAAAUGUAUUGGCAAGCCAAUCCAUAGCAAUUAUUUAUUUUUUAGCAAUUAUCAUGUCUAAGGAAAGCAGUAAGUCGACCUCAACUGGAGCUUCGAACUCGACAAGACGAACUAGUCAACCACUCGAUGAUAUGCCUAAACUUGUUACGAAUGAGCAAGAGUCUGGUUUUGGUGGAGACAUGACGAAUCCGAGUGAAAUUGCUGGAGAGACGGAAACUGGUCAAGGUGGUGCAGCAUCUGGUUCAGACACAUGGGCAGUCGUACCUGUGCCCAGUUCAGGGGCACAGACAAAAAGUGCCUAUCAAAAUGUCAUGGGACAAGACACAGCUAUUCAAGGUGUUGAAAUCCCAACAGAAGACCAAGGAACAAAUAGAGAGAAUCGAACAUACAUAAACGGUGAUGGAAAUUUGACUGUGGUUAGCUUGAAUGAAACAGAAGGUGUUGUACCUGUGUUAGAAGCUGCAAAUGCAAAUGGGCAGCAGGAGAUGGUCUUGCCAUCUAAUCAACAAAAUGUAUUGGGUGAACCUCAGGCUCAAGCAACUGGUAUUGAUGCUAUUUCUAACCAUCUUGUUGCCAUACAACGGGAAAGUGAAAAAAAGAAUGCAGAAUUAAAGAAAGUUAAGAAGGAAUUGGCUGAAUGCAAACUUAAUGAAUCACAGCUUAAAGAAGAGGUUGACAAACUUACGAAAGAGAUCGAAGAACUCAGAAAAGAAAAAAGGAACCUUGAACAGGAACUUCACCGAAAAGAGGAGGAAACCAAAAAAACAAAAGAAGAACAACAACAACACAUAAUGGAACUUGAGGUGGAAUUGCAAAAAAUGGAAGUUAAAGUUGAAAGUGUUAGGAAACGAUUAGCAGAAGUAGAGAAAGAGAGUGACGUGGAAACAAAGAAACUCAAGGAAUAUAUCAAAACUCUUGAAAAUGAACGAACAGACCUGAAAUCCACUGUCACCAAACUUCAAGUUGAUCAACAGAAUAAUUAUAUUGAAAGCCAAAAGAAAAUUUUUGCUCUGAAAGAUGAGUUGAACAAAAAAAAGGACGAAGAAAUCGAGCGAACUAAGAAGCUUUUUGAACUUGAACUACAGUACUCCCGGGCUGAAACUAAAAUUGCUAACCAAAAGACACAGUUAUUGGAACAAAAGUGCCAACUUGAGAGGAAUGAACAUAAAGAACAGCUCCAAAUUGAAAAGAACGAACACAUACAGCAGCUCCAACGCGAGAAAGAUUCUUCACAAGCACAAGUACAACGGCUGCAAAGUGAGAACGAUUCUUCACAGGCACACAUACAACAACUGCUCAGUCAAAUAAAGAAAGAGAACUCAAUUGAAGGAGCCACAAAUGAGCCGAAAUCUUCCCAGACGACCCCCACUCUAGUUGACCCCCCACCUUCAUGUAUUGAUCACCAAACCUCUGAGACUGAAUCGAGUGCCUCUCUCAGCAGCCUCAGACCCUCCACAGGAACACAAAACUCACUCACUGAAUCUACUGGAGCACCAAGUCGUACUAGUAGUACUCCUGGAGACGUUGAACAAAGCACAGAGAGCAUUGAAACUAAAACUAAUGGAGAUGUACAACCAGGGAAAGCAGGUUUCACGAUAAGCGAUAGUACACUCGAUAUACCCGAACUACAAGACACCACAUAGGACAAGGACAGCACCCAAGCUAGUUAGAUUGAUGUAAUGAUUUUAUGGCUUAUUUUUUUAUUUUAUAUUGAUGCAUUAUUAUCAAUCUAGA